UCUGAUUCGGUGCGCGCUGCGUUUGCUCAGGUAAAAUAGAGCUCGGUUAACUGCAGCGCGGAUAGAGAGAAAAGAGAGCGGUUUGUCAAUAAACUACCAUACCUUGGCUACCGGUGCGUGUGUAUGCGCAGUGUAUUGUUAGUCGGACUAACGGUUUGUUUGAUAAUACACAUAUUUCCACUGCGACGGUGGCUGUGUACAUAAUUAUUGUUAUUAACCGAAUAUCACGAACGUUCUGCCUGGUGAAAAAAGAAGGGACGAUGGAGAUUUAUUGCGGCUUGUGAUUGAACGAGUAGAAUUCGGUUUUGCGGCUGGCAGACGAGGGAAGCUAUAAUACCGUGAAGCAUAUUGGUGCCAUAAUCAAUUGUCCGACUGUCAGAGUUUAACACGGUUAAUCGCUGCUAAUUUAUUGUGCCAUUGCGAACCGGGUGUUUAUUGGUUCGUUUAACGCGGGGAAUUCAGCAUAAUGUGAUUCAGUCGGUAUAGCUGCGGAUGGUGAAGUGUGGACGGUCCUCUUUGAUUGACCACUGCUGCAGCCUGUGAUAAGUGGACAUAAUACGUUAAAACGGGAAAAUGCCCUUCGUCUCCCCGGGCGACUACAUCUGGAUCGAGCCGGCGCCGGCGGAACGGCGUGGCGAAUUCGACGUGGCCAUCGGGGCGCUGGUCGUCUCCGCCGACUCCAACGGGAUCAUCGUCCGCGAUGACGACAGAAAGGAAGCGCGGAUCGAUCCCGAGAAGCGUGUGACGAAGCACAUGCAUACCUCGUCCAAAGAAGGCGUUGAAGACAUGAUCUCACUGGGUGACCUUCAUGAAGCCGGUAUCCUGCGCAAUUUGCUCAUCCGCUACAACCGCAAUUUAAUCUAUACGUACACCGGGUCGAUUCUGGUGGCGGUGAACCCGUACCAGAUCCUGCCCAUCUACACGGCCGAACAGAUCCAGGCCUACCGCGGCCGGCGCAUCGGUGAAUUGCCGCCGCACAUCUUCGCCAUCGGCGACAAUUCCUACACGGAUAUGCUGCGCUACAAGCAGGAUCAAUGCAUCAUCAUCAGUGGCGAAAGCGGGGCGGGGAAAACGGAGAGCACGAAGCUGAUCCUGCAGUUCCUGGCGGCCAUUUCCGGUCAGCACUCCAUGAUCGAGUCGCAGAUCCUGGAGGCCAACCCCAUCCUGGAGGCCUUCGGGAACGCCAAGACCAUCCGCAACGACAACAGCAGCCGUUUCGGCAAGUACAUCGACAUCCACUUCAACAAGGACGGCUACAUUGAGGGCGCCAAGAUCGAUCAGUAUCUGCUGGAGAAGUCGCGGAUCGUCAGCCAAAGCGAGGGGGAACGCAACUAUCACAUCUUCUACUGCAUGCUGGCCGGCCUGACCAUGGACGAGAAGAAGAAACUGGAGCUGCAGGAUGCGGCGCAUUACGAUAUACUAACGAGAGGGCGGAGUCUAACCUGCGAUGGACGGGAUGACGCGGCGGAAUUUGCCGACAUCCGGUCGGCGAUGAUGGUGCUGAUGUUCAACCCGGAGGAUAUCUGGGAGGUGCUGAAGAUCGUCAGUGCGCUGCUGCAUCUCGGCAAUAUCAAGUACAAAGCCACGGUGAUCGACAAUCUGGACGCGGUGGAGAUCCGCGACAUGGGCUGGAUCAAUCGAGCGGCGCGCCUCCUGGAGGUCAACAAUAAGGAGCUGAACGACGCGCUGACGACGCGCAGUAUCAUCGCGCAGGGCGAGAUCGUCAUCUCCACCAUGGGCGCCGCGCAGAGCAUCGACGUCCGCGAUGCCUUCGUUAAAGGCAUUUAUGGCCGGAUGUUCGUCUGGAUCGUGGAGAAGAUCAACCAGACCAUCUACAAACCGAAAAAGUCCACCCGGCAUCAGCGGAACAGUAUCGGCGUGCUGGACAUCUUCGGCUUUGAGAAUUUCGAUCACAAUAGUUUUGAGCAACUGUGCAUUAAUUUCGCCAACGAAAACCUCCAGCAGUUCUUCGUGCGGCAUAUCUUUAAGCUGGAGCAGGAGGAGUACAACCAGGAGUCCAUCCAGUGGCGCCACAUUGAGUUCGUCGACAAUCAGGACUGUCUGGAUAUGAUCGCGGCCAAACCGCUGAGUAUUAUUGCCCUCAUCGACGAGGAAAGCCGCUUUCCCAAGGGCAGCGACAGUACGAUGCUGAACAAGAUGCACGCCCAGCACGGCACCAACCGGCACUACGUCAAGCCCCGUUCCGACGCCAACACGAAAUUCGGUAUCGCCCACUUUGCCGGCGUGGUAUUCUACGACGCCAAGAACUUUUUAGAAAAGAACCGCGACACCUUCUCCGGCGAUCUCAUCCAGCUCAUCCAGACCUCCCGCAACAAAUUCCUCCGCAGUCUCUUCAAGGACGAGAUCAACAUGUCGGCGGAGACGCGGAAAAAAUCCCCCACCCUGGCGAUCCAAUUCAAAAAAUCCCUGGACUCGUUGAUGAAACAGCUGAGCACGUGCCGGCCGUUCUUCAUCCGCUGUAUCAAACCGAAUGAGAAGAAGAAACCACUGCUCUUCGACCGGCCGUUGUGCUGUAAACAGCUGCGCUAUUCCGGGAUGAUGGAAACGAUUCGCAUCCGGCGGGCGGGGUACCCCAUCCGCCAUGUGUUUUACGAUUUUGUCGACCGCUAUCGGGUGCUGGCGCGCGGGAUCCCGCCGGCGCAUAAAGCCGGGGAUUGCCGUGAGGCGACGCUGCGGAUUUGCAAGGCGGUGCUGGGGAAUGUGGAUUAUCAGCUGGGCAAGACUAAAGUCUUUCUCAAGGACGCCCAUGAUAUUCUCCUGGAGCACGCUCGCGAACAGGUCUUGGCCAAGAAGAUCAUCCUCAUCCAGAAAUGCGUGCGCGGAUACUUGUGCCGGAAGAAGUACCGUCAGAUGAAGGACGCCGCGCUGGUCAUCCAGAAGACAUGGCGCGGUCACCAGCAGCGUAGGAAGUACCGCAACAUUAAAACCGGUAUCGCCCGUCUGCAAGCCCUGCUCAAAGCCCGCCAACUCAACGCCCGCUUCCGGCAGCUCCGCACCUGCAUCGUCCUCCUCCAAGCGCGCUGCCGCGGCCGCCUGGCCCGCGAGCGCUACGAGCGGAUGCGCCGCAACCCCGGCCUACUGCCGCCCCUCCUGACCGUCGACAUGGACCAGCGGCCCUCGCCCGAGUCCAGCGCGGAAGACCAGAGCGGUUUAACCGAUCCCAGCACCGUCAUCGACCAGAUGUUCGACAUCCACGAACACGAGGACCGCAACGGCGGGAGCAUCCUGCCGGCUGCUGACGAGGACGCCGGGACCCCGGUGCCGCCGGUGAUGGCCACGACGCCGUCCGAUGACGAGGAGAUCAGUCGGCAUAAGUUCCAGAAGUUCGCCGCGGCGUACUUUCAGGGGAACGCGUCGCAUUCGUUUACGCGACGGUUGUUGAAGAAUUCGUUGCUGCAGCUGGCCACGGAGGUGGAUCGGCGCGCGGCGCUCGCGGUGUGGAUUGCCAUAUUGCGUUUUAUGGGUGAUUUACCUGAGCCAAAAUACCAGCCGACGCUGAACGGUGAACCGCAUAAGAACGUCUCGGUGAUGACCGGCAUCUACUCGACAUUGGGUCGGGCCUUCCAGAAGAACGGCGGCAUGGAUUUCCAGAAUGGGGAUGGUCGUGAUUCGCACAUGAUUGUCGACGAAGACAAAUCCAAGGGAAGCAAAUCAAUACGGAAGAAAAUCAUCAGCAUGACGAUUCGGAAGAAAACCAAACUGAAUAAAUUGACCAAACUCAACUCCGCUGAUGAUGAUGAUGUACCGGAAGAGUAUUACGAACUGCUGGAAAGCCGGCCCACGUCGCAUUUGGAGAAGCUGCAUUUUAUUAUCGGCCACGGAAUUCUUCGUCCUGAAUUACGUGAUGAGAUUUACUGCCAAAUCGUUAAGCAAUUAACCGGCAAUCCGAGCAAGAACAGCCACGCCCGUGGCUGGAUUUUGUUGUCACUCUGUGUCGGCUGUUUCGCUCCGUCGGAGCGCUUCCUGAAAUAUCUGCAGUGUUUCAUCCGGGAAGGUCCGGCCGGCUACGCCCCGUACUGCGAGGAGCGGUUAAAACGGACCUUCGGCAACGGAGCCCGCAGCCAACCGCCCAGUUGGUUGGAGCUGCAGGCCAGUAAAUCCAAGAAGCCCAUCAUGUUGCCGAUUACGUUUAUGGACGGAACCACUAAGAUGUUGCUGGCUGAUUCGGCCACUACAGCUAAAGAGCUGUGUGAGCAGCUGGCCAAUAAAAUUCAGUUGAAGGAUACCUUUGGCUUCUCGCUGUAUAUCGCGCUUUUUGACAAGGUGUCCUCGUUGGGUUCGAGUGGCGACCACGUGAUGGACGCCAUCUCGCAGUGCGAGCAGUAUGCCAAAGAACAGGGCGCUCAAGAACGCAACGCGCCAUGGCGAUUGUUCUUCCGCAAAGAGAUCUUCACGCCGUGGCAUAAUCCCACCGACGAUGCUGUAGCAACAAACCUUAUUUAUCAGCAAGUGGUGAGAGGAGUGAAGUUUGGCGAAUACCGCUGCGAUAAAGAGGAGGAUCUGGCGAUGGUCGCGGCUCAACAGUACUAUGUGGACUUCACCACCGAUGUGAAUUAUGAUCGACUGUUGAGUCUGGUGCAGCAGUAUAUUCCCGAUUCGUAUAUUACGAGCGGUGAUCGGGCCGUGGAGCGCUGGGCCAACCUGAUCAUGGCGGCGUACCAGCGCAGCUACUACGUCCGCGAGAAGUCCGCCUCGCUGAAAGUGAAAGAGGACAUCGUGGGCUACAGCAAGUACACCUGGCCGCUGCUCUUCAGCCGCUUCUACGAGGCCUACCGGCUGGAAGGCCCGCCGCUCCCCAAGAACGAUGUAAUCAUGGCCGUCAAUUGGACCGGCGUGUACGUAGUGGACGAUGAUGAGCAGGUGCUGCUGGAGUUGACGUACCCGGAGAUCACGGGGAUCGCCUGCGUCAAGCCGGAGCAGCAGGCCAACGGGAUCCGCACGCAGUCCAUCUUCUUCAAUCUGCAGACCAUCCGCGGGAAUUUCAGUUUCAGAUCCAGCAACGCCGAGGACAUUCAGGAGCUGAUCGCCUUCUUCCUGGACGGCCUGAAGCGGAAGAGUAAAUACUGUGUGGCCAUCCAGGAUUUCAAGGCUCCAACAGAGAACUCCUCCUUCCUCAGCUUCGAGAAGGGCGACCUGAUCAUCCUGGAGAACAACACCACCGGCGAGAGCUUGCUGAACGGCGGCUGGUGUUACGGGCGCUGCGAGCGCACCAACAAAGUGGGCGACUUCGGGUCGGAAUGCGUGUACUUGUUGCCCACCCUCAGUAAGCCGCAACCCGAACUGCUGACCCUCUUCACCAUGGACCCCAUGACCAUCAUGGACCUGAACAAGAUCACGGUGCAGGAACCCACCGCCAAGUUCCACACCCUGGAGCACUACGCCGCCGAGCACUUCCGUCAGCCGGCCAAGAAGGGCCCGGUCAUGGGCAUCCCGUCGCCGCUAACGACGGUGCGCAAGAAGGACAAGGAGGAACUGUGGAAGCACACCAGGGAGCCCAUUAAGCUGCCGCUGCUCAAGAAGAUCCAGGUGAAGGAUGAGCUCAGCCAGGAGGCCUGCUCGGCGUUCCAGGCCAUUAUGAAGUAUAUGGGCGACCUGCCCAGUAAGAAAUCCAGAGUGUCGAAUGAACUAACCGAUCAGAUCUUCGAGAAAGCACUGAAGGAAGACCUACUAAAAGACGAAAUUUACUGCCAGAUUCUGAAGCAGUUAACCGACAAUCGCAGUCGUGUGGGCGAGGAGCGUGGCUGGGAGUUGUUGUGGCUGGUGACCGGCUUGUUCGCUCCCAGUGAGAACUUGUUAAAGGAGUGUAUGGCGAUUCUCCGAUCCCGACAGCGCCACCAAAUCGCACUGGACUGCAUUAACCGGCUGCAGAAGACCAAGAAAGCCGGCACCCGCAAAUAUCCGCCACAUCAGGUUGAAGUGGAAGCCAUCCAGCACAAGACCACACAGAUCUUCCACAAAGUGUACUUCCCGGAUGAUACGGAUGAAGCGUUCGAAGUGGACUCGAGCACGAAAGCCAAAGAUUUCUGCCAUAAUAUUUCCCAUAGAUUAAAUUUACGAUCUUCCGAGGGAUUCAGUCUGUUUGUUAAAAUUGCCGAUAAGGUCAUCAGUGUGCCGGAAACGGACUUUUUCUUCGAUUUUGUUCGGCAUUUGACGGAUUGGAUCAAGAAGGCCAAGCCCAGCAGCGGCACGAUCAUCCCACAGUUCACCUACCAGGUCUUCUUCAUGAAGAAGCUCUGGACCAACACGGUGCCAGGGCGUGACCGGCAGGCCGACCUCAUCUUCCACUACCACCAAGAACUGCCCAAAUACCUCCGCGGCUUCCACGAUGUCAAGAAGGAGGACGCGAUGAAGCUGGCCGCGUUGAUCUACCGCGCUAAAUAUGGCGAGAGCAAGAAUGAACUGCAAUCCAUCCCCAACCGACUCAAAGAUUUGAUUCCGCUGGAUUUAAUCGGAGCACAGAACUCAUCCGACUGGAAACGCUCGAUUACGGCGUCGUUUAACGGCGAUACCGGCUAUAGUGAGGAUGACGCUAAAGUGGCCUUCUUGAAAUACAUCGCCAAGUGGCCGACAUUCGGUUCGGCCUUCUUCGAAGUUCGGCAAACAACCGAUUCGAAUUAUCCGGAGCGUCUGCUCUUGGCCAUCAACAAGAACGGCGUCAAUCUGAUCGAUCCGGCAUCAAAGAAAAUUCUGGAUGUUCAUCCCUUUACGAGGAUUUCCAACUGGAGCAGCGGGAACACCUUCUUCCACAUGACCAUCGGCAAUUUGGUGCGCGGCACCAAACUGCUCUGCGAAACCGCAUUGGGAUAUAAAAUCGACGAUCUGCUGACCAGCUAUAUCGGAUUGAUGCUGCAGCAGAUGAACAAACAACGCGGUCAUUCCAGUCGGCUGAAAGUUGACGAGAACUAAACAUGUGUUCGUCGUAUGGCCCGGUUCUGUUGUGAUUUUUCCUAGUGUUCUUCCUUGUAUGCCGUUUUGAAUUACGUUUUGUCGGUUAAAAACUGUGCUUCGUUAAAUUAUCGCGUUUUGAUUGUGAAGUUUUGAUCAUUUAACACUCUGUACAAGUCGUUAUUAAAUGUGCAAGUCUAUUCAAAUAACGAUAAA